CCCGGCAAGCCGCAGCUGCAAAUUUUGAAUUACUGUACGUGUAGUUACCUAGUCUCUGACUAUGGCGUCUCCGGCUUUCUGUGAUUCACGUCCAGGCCCAGAUGAGCUCCCUCGAGACCCCUCUUCACGAAAGGAUGAGGACUGUGAUUCUGAAGAAUGGGUCAGCGACUCGGGUUCAUCCUCCUCAGACAGUGGCGAUUAUGAUGACCUUGAGCCUGAAUGGUUGGACAGUGUCCAGAAAAAUGGAGAUCUCUUUUAUUUAGAAUUGAGUGAGAGUGAAGAAGAAAGCCUCCUUCCUGAGACACCAACGGUGAACCAUGUCAGGUUCAGUGAAAAUGAGAUUAUUAUUGAAGACGAUGAUUACAAAGAAAGGAAAAAAUAUGAACCCAAACUCAAGCGGUUUACCAAAAUUUUGAAAAGUAAAAGACUCUUACCCAAGCGCUAUAAUAAAAAAAACUGCAAUGACAAUGGGCCUGUAUCCAUUCUGAAGCAUCAGUCCAAUCAGAAAACUGGAAUCAUUGUUCAGCAGAGAUACAAAGACGUAAAUGUUUAUGUAAACCCCAAAAAGCUGACUGUCACCAAAGCCAAAGAGCAGCUCAAGCUUCUGGAAGUACUGGUUGGGAUUAUCCAUCAGACUAAGUGGAGCUGGAGAAGAACUGGAAAACAGGGAGACGGAGAGAGGCUUGUGGUCCAUGGCCUGCUGCCAGGGGGAUCUGCCCUGAAGAGUGGUCAGGUAUUGAUUGGUGAUGUCCUCGUUGCCGUAAAUGAUGUUGAUGUGACCUCUGAGAACAUAGAGAGAGUUCUGUCUUGCAUUCCUGGACCUAUGCAGGUGAAACUGACAUUUGAAAAUGCAUAUGCUGUGAAAAAGGAAACGACCCAACCAAAACAGAAAAAGGCACAGUCAAAUACAAGUGAUUUAGUCAAACUUCUAUGGGGAGAAGAGGUCGAAGGUAUCCAGCAGAAUGUCCUAAACACUCCUCAUAUUGUCAUGUAUCUCACACUUCAGCUCGACUCAGAAACAUCAAAGGAAGAGCAGGAAAUUCUUUAUCAUUAUCCAAUGUCUGAAGUAUCUCAAAAACUUAAAAGUGUGAGAGGGAUAUUUCUUACACUCUGUGACAUGCUGGAAAAUGUAACCGGGACACAAGUUACCAGCUCAUCCCUUCUUUUAAAUGGAAAACAAAUUCAUGUGGCUUAUUGGAAAGAAUCUGACAAGUUGUUGUUAAUUGGCCUACCUGCUGAAGAAGUUCCUCUUCCUCACCUAAGGAAUAAGAUAGAAGAUGUUGCCAAAACCUUAAAAUUUAUGUAUGGUUCUUUAGAAAGUGCAUUCUGCGAUGUUGAGAAUAUUCCUCGUUUGGAUCAUUUUUUCAGCUUAUUCUUUCAAAGAGCACUUCAGCCUACUAAUCUACAUUCAGGGGCCAGUCCCAGCGCACAACUGUAUGAUGCGUCCAGUGCAGUGCUUUUAGACAGUCUUCCUGGAGUUCGGUGGCUCACACUUCCACAGGAGAUCAAGCUGGAGUUAGACACAGCAUUGAGUGAUUUGGAGGCCUCAGAUUUUGCAGAACUGUCUGAGGAUUACUAUGACAUGAGGCGGCUGUAUACAAUUUUGGGGUCAUCUCUAUUUUACAAGGGUUAUUUGAUAUGCAGUCAUUUGCCUAAGGAUGAUCUUAUUGAUAUUGCUGUAUACUGUCGCCACUAUUGCCUACUGCCUUUAGCAGCAAAACAAAGAAUUGGUCAGUUGGUAAUAUGGAGAGAAGUGUUUCGUCAACAUCACCACCAACCUUCUGCAGACUCAAACACUGAAGUCUUUCAGGAACCUGAAGGGAGAUAUUUUUUGCUAAUUGUUGGCUUGAGACACUACAUGAUAUGUGUACUAUUAGAAGCUGGAGGCUGUGCAUCCAAAGCUAUUGGGAAUCCUGGACCAGACUGUAUAUAUGUGGAUCAGGUCAAAACAACUCUUCACCAGAUAGAAGGAAUAGAUUCUCGCAUAGAUGAACGGCUAGCAUCUCCUCCGAACCCCAUUUUGUCCUGUGCUGACUGGUUCCUUGCUGGAUCACGUGAUAAACUGGAUAGUUUGACAACUUCACCUAUUCUCAGUAGGCUGCAAGGUGCUUCCAAAGUAGCAACCUCUCCAAUUUGCAGAAGACCCCUUUUUAGUGACUGUUCCUUAAAGACACGUAAGCCCAGUCCUUCCAGAAGCAGUGGGGGAUCUGACAAUGGUUCUGAAGGUGGAGAAAGUGUUGGCCUCAGCCCCCACACUAUGCCUGAUGCAGUACGUAAACAGAGCUCUGAUGACUCAGAAGAAGGUGGGACCUUGCUUAAGGUCACUAAAAAGAAGUCUACUCUUCCAAAUCCAUUUCAUUUGGGGAACUUGAAAAAGGACCUAUCAGAAAAAGAAUUGGAAAUAUAUAACACAAUGAAAUUGACAUCUGGUCCUGAGAACACACUUUUCCACUACGUUGCCUUAGAAACAGUGCAAGGAAUCUUUAUUACUCCUACCCAUGAAGAGGUGGCACAGCUAAGUGGUUCUAUCCACCCUCAGCUAAUAAAGAAUUUCCAUCAGUGUUGUCUUUCAAUUCGUGCUGUUUUCCAGCAGACAUUGUUGGAAGAGAAAAAGAAAUCACGAAAUGGGGGAGAUCUUUCAGAUUCUGCAAAUGCAGUAUCCUCUCUUAACCCUGUGAAAGAACAUGGUGUGUUGUUUGAAUGCUCACCUGAAAACUGGACUGAUCAGAAAAAAGCACCACCAGUUAUGGCUUACUGGGUAGUAGGGAGACUCUUCCUUCAUCCCAAACCUCAAGAACUUUAUGUCUGUUUUCAUGACUCAGUCAGCGAAAUUGCCAUUGAAUUGGCUUUUAAAUUGUUCUUUGGAUUAACAUUGUAACUGUGUUUCCUUAAGACACAGCAAAACCAAGCAUGGAGUAUCAAGCAGUAUUAGAACUGCUGAAAAUGAUACACAAAAGGUUUAAGUUUUGCCUUCUUUUCACGGUUCAGUAUAGGGCAUAAUGUUAAAUAAUGAGAUGAAAUGCUUGGAUUUUAUUUUUGACAUUGGGUUUAUUUUUUCAUUGUAGCUCAUGCUUUCCUCUUUUUUUUUAUUAGGUAAGUUAUAGGUUUACAGAAAAAUCAUACAUAAGAUACAG